AUGAUCUGCGGCGCCGAGCUCCACUCCAUGACCACUGGCGCCGAGCUUGGUGCCACAUCGGCGCCAGUGGCGGACACGGGAUUUGAAGUUAAGCCGAUCAGUGUUGGUGAUGACACCAAUAAAUCUGAUUAUCCUAGGACUGGGAAGCGCUUGUUAUUUACAAAAGAAGAGGAUAUUGCACUGCUUGGUGCAUGGUUGAAUAAUUCAAAUGAUCCAAUCCAUUCAAAUUACAAGAAGAACGAGCAAUAUUGGAAAGAAGUUACUGCUGCCUACAAUAGCGCCAUUCUAAAAAACCGUGCAAGGCUACUCAAGCAAGUCAAGGAUCGAUUUGGAAGAAUUAAGAAAAGAGUUGCAUGGUUCUGUGGUAACUGGAAGGAGGCUAAUGCUUUGUGGGCUAGUGGUGAAUCCGAUGCGGACUUAAUGGAUAAGGCACUGAACCUUUAUGAAGAGGAGCACAAAAAAUACGGUCCAUUUCUGUUUAGGCAUUGUUGGGAUGUUCUGCGGAAAGAACCGAAAUGGGACGCCUAUUUGGAGUGCCUUGCAGAAUUGGAUCCAGACAAGAGGAAGUACAAUGUUGAUGAUGAUGUGGAGCAGCAUUUCUCUGUACAAGAUGAUGAUAAAGAAGAGAGGCCAAUUGGGGGCAAGAAAGCUAAAGAGCUGCAGAAACGAAAAAGGAAGGAUGAAGCUUGCAUUAUAGAUCUUGAAGAUGAGCUCCAGAUAUUUAUUGAUACUCAGAACAAAGCAAGUGAAGGACGCAAAGAGAUGCUAGAGACACAAAAGCGUGUGUCUAGUGAGAAUCUUGAAGCUCGGAAGCUUUCUUAUCUUGCAGCAAAAGAGAAAAGGAGUCAGCCAUGA